AUGGAGGUGUUCUCAGCCAGGGACCUCCAGCAUGUUUUAGGGCGGAUUACAGUCAAGUGUGACAUGGUCAGUAUGAGGGUUGGCACCUCCAAGUUCGUCCAGGGAGGUCAGCUGGAAACAUCCGAGUUCUUCAAUGAUCAGUCCAAGCAGCAUCAAACAGACCUGGACUCCAUAUUUAUGCUGCUGGGGGAGAAAAUUAUCAUGUUUGUGAAGAAGGAACUGAAGAGAUUUCAGAAGGCUCUGAGUCAGGAUAACCCAGGAUGUCUCAGUGAGGAUGAGGACGUGUUGGUUGGUGGAUAUGAAGAGCAGAGGAGCAACAGAGAGGCAUUUCUGAAGAUCACAGAGAACUUCCUGAGGAGAAUGAAGCAGAACGAGCUGGCUGACCGUCUGUGGAACAGAUCAGCUCAUUCACAUCAUUUCUUGUUUGUUCUUUCAGGAACUCUUGAUCCAGUUUGCCAACAUAAACUCAAGUCUAACCUGAAGAAGAAGUUCCAGUGUGUGUUUGAGGGGAUCGCUAAAGCAGGAAACCCAACCCUUCUGAAUCAGAUCUACACAGAGCUCUACAUCACCGAGGGAGGGACUGGAGAGGUCAACAAUGAACACGAGGUCAGACAGAUCGAAACAACAUCCAGGAAAGCACACAGACCAGAAACAACCAUCAGACAAGAAGACAUCUUUAAAGCUCCACCUGGAAGAGAUGAACCAAUCAGAACAGUGAUGACCAAGGGCGUGGCUGGCAUUGGGAAAACAGUCUUAACACAGAAGUUCACUCUGGACUGGGCUGAAGGCAAAGCCAACCAGGACAUCCAGUUCAUAUUUCCAUUCACUUUCAGAGAGCUGAAUGUGCUGAGAGAGAAGAAGUUCAGCUUGGUGGAGCUCAUUCAUUACUUCUUUACUGAAACCAAAGAAGCAGGACUCUGCAGUUUGGAAGGGUUCAAGGUCGUGUUCAUCUUUGACGGUCUGGACGAGUGUCGACUUCCUCUAGACUUCAUCAAAACUAAAAUCCUAACUGAUGUCACAAAGUCCACCUCAGUGGAUGUGCUGCUGACAAACCUCAUCAGGGGGAACCUACUUCCAUCUACUCGUCUCUGGAUAACCACACGACCUGCAGCAGCCAAUCAGAUCCCUCCUGGGUGUGUUGACAUGGUGACAGAGGUCAGAGGGUUCACUGACCCUCAGAAGGAGGAGUACCUCAGGAAGAGAUUCAGAGAUGAGGAGCAGGCCAGCACAAUCAUCUCCCACAUCAAGACAUCCCGAAGCCUCCACAUCAUGUGCCACAUCCCGGUCUUCUGCUGGAUCACUGCUACAGUUCUGGAGGAUCUGCUGAAGACCAGAGAGGGAGGAGAGCUGCCCAAGACCCUGACUGAGAUGUUCAUCUACUUCCUGGUGGUUCAGACCAAACAGAAGAGCAUCAAUGAUGGAGGAGCUGAGACUGAUCCACACUGGAGUCCAGAGAGCAGGAAGAUGAUCGAGUCUCUGGGAAAACUGGCUUUUGAGCAGCUGCAGAAAGGAAACCUGAUCUUCUAUGAAGCAGACCUGAUGGAGGGUGGCAUCGAUAUCAGAGAAGCCUCGGUGAACUCAGGAGUGUUCACACAGGUCUUUAGAGAGGAGAGAGGACUGUACCAGGACAAGGUGUUCUGCUUCAUCCAUCUGACUGUUCAGGAGUUUCUGGCUGCCUCACUGAUCCCAAAUGGACACAUGAACUUCAACAACUCUUGGGUCAAUCUGAUGGCAAAUAUACCAACUCCAUCCAGAUCUCCAAUGACACAGCUCUACCAGAGUGCUGUGGACCAGGCCUUACUGAGCCCAAAUGGACACCUGGACUUGUUCCUCCGUUUCCUCCUGGGUCUGUCACUGACCACCAAUCAGAAUCUCCUACAAGGUCUGCUGACACAAACAGGAAGUGACUCAGAGACCAGACAGGAAACAGUCGAGUACAUCAAGACAAAAAUCGAUGAGGAUCUGUCUGCAGACAAGAGCAUCAAUCUGUUCCACUGUCUGAAUGAACUUAAUGAUCGUUCUCUAGUGGAGCAGAUCCAACGGUACCAAAGAUCAGGAUGUCUCUCCACAGAUAGACUGUCUCCUGCUGACUGGUCAGCUCUGGUCUUCAUCUUACUGUCAUCAGAAGAAGAUCUGGACGUGUUUGACCUGAAGAAAUACUCUGCUUCAGAGGAGGCUCUCCUGAGGCUGCUGCCAGUGGUCAAAGCCUCCAACAAAGCUCUACUGAGUGGCUGUGAACUCUCAGAGAGAAGCUGUGGAGCUCUGUCCUCAGUCCUCAGCUCCUCCAGACUGAGAGAGCUGGACCUGAGUAACAACGACCUGCAGGAUUCAGGAGUUGAACAACUUUGUGGUGGACUUAUGGAUCCACAGUCUACACUGGAAACUCUCAGGCUGAGUGUAUGUCACCUCUCAGAGAGAAGCUGUGGAGCUCUGUCCUCAGUUCUCAGCUCCCAGUCCUCCAGUCUCAGAGAUCUGGACCUGAGUAACAACGACCUGCAGGAUUCAGGAAUGAGGCUGUUGUCUUCUGGACUGGAGAGUCCAUACUGCAGACUGGACUCUCUCAGUCUGUCUGGCUGUUUGGUCUCAGAGGAAGGCUGUUCUUCUCUGGCCUCAGCUCUGAGCUCGUCCUGUCUGACAAAGCUGGACCUGAGCUAAAAUCAUCCAGGAGAACCAGGAGAGAAACUACUGUCUGCUCUAAAGGAGGAUCCACACUGCAGACUGAAGACACUGAGGCUGGACCAUGGUGGACAGCACAGACUGAAACCAGGUCUAAAGAAGUACGCCUGUGAGCUGGAAGUGGACACAAACACAGUGGGCAGAAACCUCAAACUGUCUGACAACAACAGGAUGGUGACACGUGUGAGGAAUAUUCAGCGAUAUCCUGAUCAUCCAGACAGAUUUGACUGUCAGCAGCUGCUGUGUCGGACUGGUCUGACUGGUCGCUGUUACUGGGAGGUCGAGUGGAACAGACAGCUUAAUGUGUCAGUGAGUUACAGAGGAAUCAGACAGAGAGGAACCAGUUUUGAAUGUGAGUUUGGAUGGAAUGAUCAGUCCUGGAGUCUGAUCUGCUCUCAUAAAAGUUACUCUGUCCGUCACAAGAACAGAGAAACAUUCAUCUCCUCCUCCUCCUCUUCAUCCUCUGGUAGAGUAGCUGUGUAUCUGGACCAUUCUGCUGGCUCCCUGUCCUUCUACAGAGUCUUAUCUAACAGACUGAUCCACCUCCACACCUUCAACACCACAUUCACUGAACCGCUCUAUCCUGGGUUUGGGUUUGGGUUUGGGUCAGAUCCAGAUUCCUCAGUGUUUCUGUGUUCUCUGUAG